ACAUGAUUUGCACAUGGUUUUUGAUAACAAUACUGUUGUUAACAAAAGUGUACAAUUGAAAUUCGAAAAUAUCCAUCAACUACCAGCAAUUUGACCUAUUGUAGACUACACUACUGCAACUGCAUUAUUGUCAUGAGUAUUUUGGUAAUCUUUUGUAUAAGUAUCACGUAAAUAUCAAAAUAUACUAAACAUUGUUUUUUUUAUUCUUAGCAGUAAAAUCAUAAUCAGUUCCAAAAUAAUUUUAAAUCUAUUUUAUAAUGACUCUUAAUUACGACGCCAUCAUUGGGUUCAGCAAUGGAAUGUUGAAAGGUAAUGUUUUUUUUUUCUACAUAUUUAAUUAUGUCAAUUGUGACCUAUAAAAUAUCUGUCUGGUCCUUAUUUAUUCUGAUGGUUAGUUGGAUGGAAAUCUAUGUUCUUUAGUAAUCCAAUUGACAAUUGAAUUAGUUAUUGAUAGACUAUCCAUAUACUAACGGAAUCAGAUGGAUUGUUUGAACAAGUUUCGUCCAAUUGCCAAUCUGCGUUAUUUUCUAAUGGAUUAAUUAAGAACGACCAGUAUCAUUACUAAUAUCCAAACAAACACUGAUAAAUAUUGUUUGUUAUUUAACCAUAAUCAUAUUAAUUUAUAUUUUUAAAUUAAUUAUUCAUGUUAAUCAUAAUACUAUAGGUUAAAAAUUUAAGUAUUUUAUUUAAUUUGUUAUGUGUUUAUGGUACUACAGUAUAUGAAAAUGAUAACAAUUAGAAAAAAUGGAUUUUUAUACUUUUGGGAAGAUUUUGAUUUAAUAACACAAUAUAAAACAACAAUAAUAACAUAGAUCAUACAGGGGUCUCACCCUUUUCUAAAACGGUAUAUGCAAUUCAUAGUGUGAUUACCUACAUAAAGAAUACCUUCAAGGAAUUGAGUCAUUACAGUAUACUAAAUAAUUUUGAUUACCUAUUACAUUUUAUCACUUUAAGUAAACAGUUUCAGAACCUAUCACUAAUCAUUAAAUGUACUCAAAUGUUCAUUGUUUUUGAUAAUUUUAAUUUCAGGGUAGUUUGGUUGUAAACUAAUAAUUAUUGAAGUACAAAAGUAAUUUGAUUUACCAUCCGUGACUAUGAUGGUCAAUCAAAUAGACAGUUAAAAGAAAUUUUGCACAAUAUAACAAAAAUAAUACCAUAUUAAAAAAACAAAAUAAUCCGUCAUCUUCUUUAUUUUUUUAAAGCAUAAGUUUUUUGAGCGGCAAUAUUUUGUAUUUUACAAAGAAAUAAGACAAAUGACAGAUAACAAAGAGUGACGGUUAAUCGAGUUUUUACUGUUCUUAUUUUUUUGGAAUUAAAUACAUUAAAUAUUCAAAUUAUAAAUUAACAUAUUUUAUAGAAUCAAUAGGAUUUUGAAAAUCAAUUUUAUUAGAACGAAAGAACAGUGUCUAUGCUAUGAGUUAAAUAAUUUAAACUGUUGUUAUGUUAUCAUUGAUUACAGACUUAAAAAUGCAAUUGUUAUUAAUUUUAUUUACCUAUAAUUUUUAUGAUUAUGAUAUUUUAUUAUACAGUGUAAAAAUAUAAUUUUAUUAUAAUGUUAUAUAACACUCUUAUUUUACUUAUUACCUAUACAUAGGUAAUAUUAUAUAUAUUAUAUAUUAUGAAAAACCAAUUUACAAUAUUUAUAAUAUUUCACAAAUAAUAAGCUAUUUCAAUCAAAUAUAACAAAUUUUACCUUUUUCCAUUACAAAUUUUUUCUGGCGAAUUCCUUAGUAGCCCCUGAUUGAGAAAUAUUGUUUUACGAUAUAAUAUAAAAUAAAUUUAAAUUUUUGUUUCUUAGUUAAUUUUGGACUUAGAAAAGUGGUUUGAGCAUUCAAAUUUAUGAAAACUAUGUUUAUAACUAUAUUCAAGAUCAACAACUAAAAAAUAGAUAAAACAUAUUCAACAUAUUCGUAAUACAAAUGUGAUUUUUAUUGUAUUUUGUUAUUUGACAGGUGUAGAACUAAAAAAAAACAAAUUCAAGUAUACUAAUUUACUAGAUGCAUCAGUUGGAUUAAAUACUUUGAGUAUUUUCGAUGAAAACAAAACAAUAAUAAGUUCACAAAAAAAAAUUUUUCUUUUUGAUCUACAAAAUAAAAAAAUUACAAAAAAAUAUUAUAUUAAAGAAUCUGGAUGCAUUAGUGGACUAUUUAAAUUAAAUGAGUAAGACAUUAUUCUUGUCAAUUAAAUAUUUCCUAUGCAAAGUAUUCUAUUUACUAUAUUUAUAAUUUGUGUUUUUUUAGUUUUUUAUUUGUUGGAGCUGAUAAUGGAACAGUUGUAAUUAAACCAAUAAAAUUGACUAAAGGCUUGGUUGCAGAAAAAAUAGAUGUUGGUUCAAAUUUAGCAUGUUUAAGAAAAUGUCUUACAUCUGAUAAAUAUGGAACAGGAGGAAAUGAAAAUCCAUUAAAAAUAUGGGAUGUUGAAACAAGAAAAGUUGAAUUUACUGCCAAAAGUGUAAGCUUAAAAUGUUUGCAUAUUUUAUUAUAUAUUAUAUAUAUAUUUUCUUUAAUUCAAAUAUUUUUGAAAAAUAUGAUUCUAUGUACUUUGUUUUGUUAUUUUAAGCCUAAACCAGAUAUGCUUCAACUUAAACAACCAUGUUAUGUAUCUGAUAUAAGAUUUUUCAACAACAAAAAAGUAGUAGUUUCUCAUAAACAUGGAGUGGUAAGUACAAAUUUAUAAUUAUAUUUUAAUAAAAAUCAGUUAUUGAAAAUAUAAUUAAGUAUAUAAUUUUAUUGAAAAAAUGUAUAUUCAAUACUUUAGUACAGUGGUUCUCAAACUUUCUUAUUUACAGAACUCAUAUGUUCUGAAAAAAAUUAUGGAGUCCCAAAAUUCAGGAAUGUCUAUUUGAGAUAACAAUUAUUCAUAUAAAAUGAUGUAAAUUGAAAAUUAUUUGCUUUUCUUUUUUUUCUUUAAAAUAUAAAUAUAUACAAAUUAUUUAAUUUGCUUAUUAAGAAAAAAGAAUAUAUUGUUUUAGUAAUUUAUAAAGUUUAAUAUUUAAUGAUUUUAAUGUGAUCUAUAAUGUUGGUUUUUUUCAUCGACCAGUAUUUUAAUAUUUAACUUGAUAGAUGAGAGUUAGAUGUGCAUGUCUGCUUUAGCAUCUAAUUUAUUGCUAUAUUUUUAUUUUGUUAAUGUAUAUGAUGAAAAUCUGGUUCCUCACAGAUAUGUUGUUGCAAAAGAAAGAAGUGCUAGUACAGCUUUUUUAGCUAAAGAUUGAUAAUCAUUAGUAAUACUGCUACUGCACUAAAAAUCUGUUAAUGAUAUUUUAUCAAAUAAAGUUUUUAAUGAUGAAUUGGUGGUCAGUUCAAUAAAUUAUUCAUACUCCAUUAUAGAAAAGUUUUAUCAUUAAUUAAAAAUGGUUUUUAAUCCAAUUAUAUCGUUGUAUAAAUUCCAUAUCUUUACUCUCUGAAAAUUAUUUUUCCAAUGAUGAUAGUAUUUUAUUUAAAUGUUCAAUUCUGUCAUAUAUUUCAUCAAUUUAUUUAAUAUUAUCAUCAAUCAAUUUUAAAUAUUUCUUUAACAAAGCAAAAUUAUCAAUUUUAUGUUGAGAAAAAUACACAGCACAAUUUUUUUUUUUUUCAAAGCUUAAAUUUUGUUAUUUUACCUUGUAUUGAUAAAUUUACUUCCUUUAAUUUUGUGAACAUUUUAUGAGUAUGUCUGAGUUGUAAAUUAAAUGGGUGUUUGGUGAAAAAUGUAUAGUUAAUUGUGUAAUUCAAGUAAGCAUAUAAGUGUUUUUUCUCGAGAAAGCCAUCUUACUUUCGUAUGGUAAAGUAGUGGUUUAUGAAUACUUCCUAUAUCUUCACACAAAAUUGUGAAUAGUCUUGUGCUCAACAGUUGAGUUUUUACGAAAUUUAUAAUCUUCACUGCCUUAUCAAGGAUAUUUUUAAGAGGUAUUGGCAUCUUUUUAAUAGCCAGCGCUUGACGAUGAAGAAUGAAAUGACUAUUACUAUAAUUGUUUGUUAGUUAUUUAAUUUGUGAAACUAAAAAUAUUUCACUUAGCCCCUAGACUACUUUCCUACAAUAUAACCUAACUUAAACAUCGACUAAAAAUAAUUUAAAAAUAAUAAUAAUAAUAAUAAUAAUUAAAAAUUAUGACUUACCAGUAAAUUAUUUAACUGUGUUUAUUUUUAAAUUGUUAUUAAUUUGUAAUUUAGUGUAAUUUUUCAAAAUUAGGUUGAUUUACAUGAUCCACUAUCCAGUCAAAGAAGACCAGUUGGAAGUUUUACUGCAGAAAAAACUGGAUUUGUUUGUAUGAAUAUAAUUCCAGAUAAUAGUGAUUAGUAAGUAUAUUAAUACAUUUAGUUUAUUUUAAAUGUAUAUUUAUGUUGAUGAUAUAAUUGGAGCAUAGUAAACUUUUUAUUGCAAUAUAUUUGAUUUAGAAUAGGGAUUUUAAAGUUAAAAAAAAAAAAAUUAUACAUAAAGCAUAUUGUGCAUUAUAGCAUAUUUUUUAACUACUGGCUGUACAAUGACUAGAAUUAGUGGAUUUAGUAUAUUUAAUAUAAUAUAUGUAUUUUGUAUUGCAGUGAAGUGAUUGUAGGAUCCUCCAAAGGUUCUAUAUUUCACUAUGAUUUCCGUGGAAAAACCAAAUUUCCAGUUAAAACAUUUAGGGGUAGUACUGGAUCUGUAAGAGCAGUGUCUUGUAUAAACUAUUUAAAUCAGAUGCAUAUUAUGAGUAUAAGCUUGGACAGUCAUAUAAGAACACACAAUUUUAACAGUGGCGACAUAUCACUAAAGGUAAAUUUUUUAGAUUAGAAGGUUAAUGAAAGAAAAUAUGUGCAAUAUAAAUGCAUGAAUAGGUUAUUUAAUUAGUAUUUAUAUAAAUUUAUUAUAAUAACCUAGUUAACCUUUAUUUACAUUUAUAUACAAUUAACAAUAAAAUUAACAGUAGUAAAUUAUUUCAUUAUAUAACAAAACUAAAAAGAAAAUGUUAUAAAAUAAAUAAUUUUAUUUGAGAGGGAUCCUUAUCAACCAAUUCCAUCAAGCAUUGAACAGUUUUAGUUUUGGAAUAAUUGUUUGAACAAAUGAGAACAAAGAAUACUGAUAGAAAAGAUACUGGAUCAAGUUGGACAACAGGAAGCCCUAAUAUUGAUCAUGAAAGUAUGAUUUCACAAGACAACAAGCCUUUAAGAAACUUUGUGUGUAACAUAAGCCUAUGCUUAUGAUCAGUUAAUGGGAGUAAUUCAAACUAUGCAAUUAUUGAAGAGUAGUUUUGAAAUAGUGGAGGAUGAAUACUCAACAGUUCUAAAAAAACCUGUAUUUAACUCUGCCAAGUUGCUGAAGAGCUAUUAAUACCAUAUGGGUUCCAAAAAACAACUUUAUUUGUUCCAAAAUUGGACAAACAGAAUACUAUUUUAAAUGAAGACAUUGAUUAAAUCUGUAAUUACUGUACAUACAAAGCCAAAAAUUGUCAAGGCUUCCCAACUACCAUUUCACUAUGAAACUCUGGAUCAAAUGUAGUGUUGAGCUUAACCCACAAACAAUCACAGAAUUAUCAGAAUGUGUGUUAUUAAAAGCAAGAAGAUGGUACUAAUAAAUUAUUAGGGAACUUCUGUGAGUGAAGGUCAUUACUAUUGACCUCAUUUUUAUGAAAGUACAUAAUUUUAUUAUGUCUAGGGUGUGGACUGGUACAUAAUUACAUGGGAUGCUUCAUAAUUUUAAAGUAAAUAAUGUUAAACAAACUUUUUAAAAAAACUAACAUACUUCACACAAUGUGUGAAUUUCUGUUGUAAGCAGGAAGAAGUUGAAAAUAUGAAAUAACAUAGGGUAAUUUAAUUUAUGGCAGUAGAUCAAUUUUUAUAAAAAUAGGUGAAUUGUAUCCCUGUUAUAAUUUAAUUCUAGGUGAAUUUCAUCCCUAUUGUAAUUUAAUACUUUGUGAAUUAUGUAAUAAGUUUGUUUAUUUUUAAUUUUCAAAUUGUAUAAUUUGUAUAAUAUACAUUGUAUAUCAUCAUUUGUUAUCACAAUUAACAUAUUUUUAUUUUGUUCACUUAUUGAGAACUCCAUUUUUAAUGAAAAAUUAACAAACACGACUGUGAACUGAAAAACAAAAUUAUGUCUCACUGUUCAGUCAUAAUAGUUUUAUAAAUUAUUAUCUAUUACUUGGGUACUUCCAGAAGGCAUUUCAGUGCUGCUGUAUUACUUAGAAUGGCAUUUUUUGUGUAUAGUAUUUCAUAUUGUCAUAAAUAUCUGGGACGCAAUUCACUGAACCCAUAAUUUAUAUUUACAUACAAAGAUAAACUGUUUCAAACAAAAAAUUGAAUGAGGCAAGUUGGUUUAAUUGAUUUCUUUUAAAUUUGUUAUUUUUCUUUCAAAUAUGCUUGAUAAUCUGAGUAUUUGUUAGGAUUAUUACUAGAUAUAAAUUAUAUAUAACCCAUUUUUUAGUACUUUCUAAUGACUGGUGAAAUUAAUCUAAUAAUUGUUUAAAUUUAUAUAAAUUGUUUUUUCAAUUUUUUUAUUAUUAUUAUUUUAUGAAUUUUAUGAAUACAUUUUUCGGUAUGUAUUUAAAAAAAAAAUAUAAAUAUUUAUACUUAAAAAAAAUAUUCUAAUAGAGUUAUACAAAUAUCUUAUUAGUAUUUUUAAUGCAUACAAAUCUGAUCUUAAACUCAUUACAAUUUGAAAAAUUUAUAAUUAUUUUACCAUAAUAUAAAAUAUACUGUUGACAAAGCAACAUUAUUAACUGAAUUCCGCUCAGAAUCGUUUUUUAUUAGCAAUGAUUAAUCAUUGUGCACAAAUGUAAAUUAAAUUUCCCCUCUGUCUUCUCAACUUUUUACUUACAACAGUGGCCUGCCCUCCUGUGAAGUAUUUCUUUUCAAUAUUUGAUUUAUUUUUCAGUUAUUAAUAGAUUGUACAGUUUCUUGGUGUUAUCUAAAAAAAUCUAAGAACUAAAUGCAGAAUAAAUGGAUUAAUAGUUAAUUAUUCUUUAAAAACCAUGUAUUAUUUAUGUUUAUAAUUUAUAUUAACCAGACAGCUGAUUCCUGGUUUACUAAAGAACAAUUAUUAGUGAUGCCUGGUUCCAAUUUAAAGGAGAUAAGAAGAUUUUAUUUUGUAAGAUUAGAUUAUAGUAUACACUUUUCAGUCUGUACUUUUUAAUAAUAUAUCUUUUGGAAUAAUAUUAAUUGAAAUAAUUUUUUAUAAUGAAUUAUAAUUUAAAUAUGAAUUGAAUCUACGAGUAUAAGUACCUAGAGGGUAUUAGUAUUGUUUAGUGAUUUUUAUUAUUUUAACAAAAUUAUGUUAAAAUUACUCAUACAUUCUAAAACAUCCAGCUUCAUCUUAAUCUCUGCUUGAAACUUAUUAAUUUAAUUUAGAUACUUCAAAAAUGUUGAAAUACUUCAUUAUUAUGAUGCAUUAAUAAUUUAGUGGGUAGUAUAAUUAUUUAGAAAUAAGAAAAUAUUGAAAAUGUUUUUCAAAUUAUUAACAAUAACAUUGUUUGCAUUCUUGAUAAAUGGCAUGUCAUAAAAUCAGAGUCUACUAUCUUAUUAAUAUAUAUAUAUAUGUGUGUUAGAAUCAUAUGCAAUAUUCAACUAAAAUAUGUUAUAUAUAAUUAUUUAAAACAUUUUAACUCAAAUGGUCAAUAUUAUUAUAAAAAAAAUAAAGAUAAUCAUGCAAAGCUAUAAGGAAUAUUAGAUUAAAAUUUCUAAUUAUUUAUUCAUAAUAAACUAUUUUCUGACAAUGAAUUUUUGCUAAAACCCAAUAUUAAUUAAAUCUAAAUCUACUAAUACUGGCAGCUUUCCUUGUAUUAUAUUAUUUUUUGAAAUGUAAUAAUAAUUAGCAUGGAUAAUUAUCCAUGCUUGUAUUUUAUUAAAUGUGUUCAAUCUACAUUGCUAAUAAUGUAUACUUAUUUUUUAGAGGGAUUUUAUAUAUUUUUUUGUGUUGAUAAAUCAGAAAGACUGGCUGAGAACUUGUUUUAUAUUUCUAGCUUAAAACUUUAAAAUUUCUAAACUUCUGUUUUAAAUUUUAAAUGUAUAAAUAAACUGUACUCAGAAUCCAUUUUUGUUUACAGUGAUUUAUCGGUUAAAUUUAAUUAUUUAGAGACCAGAAUUAUAUACAUAUGUAUAUAUGUUGUUUUCAUAAUGAGUGUAUAAAAUACCAUACUGUGUACAAUUAGUAUGUCAGUUUGCAUGAUCAUGAUGGAUUCAAAUGACAUAAUAUUCUGUUAAAUUGAUUUCAUAGAAAAAACCAAACUUUAAUUUACAUAUUGGUGGGUCAAAUCAUAUUAUUUAGUUAUUAGUGUAUAUAAUCUGCAUAUUUCAAAUACUCCUAAAUGUUCUCAUUACAAAUUUGAAUGAUAGAUACAAAAUAUUAAAAUUAAAAUGAAAAUUAAUGUGUUGUUUUAACUUUUAGAAGAAUUUAUUUUUUGUCUUGAAUGUUUCCAUGUUUGUAACACUGGUUUUUACUUGUCUUGUUAUCAAUAUUUGUUAAAUAUUAUUUGAUAUUAGAUCAAGUUUUUAUUUAUUUUAUUUUUACUUAAAAAUGUUUUGUACAAAUUAAAACAUUAAUGGUUUUCUUUAUAUAUAUAUAUAUAUAUAUAUUUAGUCUUAAUUUUAAAUGUAUAUAAUUACAUAUUUUUUUAUUUUUAUUUUGCAUUUUUAUAGUGCAUAUUAUUCUGGUUUUUUCUUACAAUAUUCUAUAAAUGGUACUAAAUGUCUGUUUUUUGUUUUUUUGUGUGUGUUUCAUCAGUGAUUGAUCAAAAUUAUAUUUAAUUAGUUUUGUUUAUCUGUUUUAUAGAUGUUAUAAAAAAAAAAAAAAAAAAAAAAAUAAAGAUAUGUUAAUUUGUUUUGUUUCUAUUAAUCUGUUGCAGGAUUACAUUGUGGCUAAGCCAAUGGCGUUAUUGAUCAAACCUGAAGAAAAUUCAAUUAAAUAAUUCUUCUUUUGCUUUUUUUGCUAUAAAAUAAACACUGUUCAGUAUUUGAAUGUAUGCGAGUGUGUUUUAUUUCUAAAAGUAAAUUGAAUAGGAUAAACAUAAGAGCUAUUUGUUUAAUUUAAAGAGAAUUUGUUCUUUAAUGAUUAUAUUACUCAUCUCACUUUAUUUAUCUUCUUUUUUAAAAAAUUAUGUAUUAUCUCUGAAAAUGUUUGCCUUAAAAUAAUUCACAUACUUAUCUUAAAAACCAAAUUUAAAAAAAAUAUAUAAUUGGUUUUCAACACCUUCCUUAAGCACCUCUUUAAAUAUCAUUAUAUCAAUUUACAUAGUCCCUUUCAUAGUUUCAUUUAUAAUAUUAAUUUAUAGUUCUCAACAUUUUUAGAAACUCCAACUGUUAAUAAUUUUUUUGAUAAGUAGGUAAGUAGAUAUUUUGUGAAUUUAAUGUUUAUCUAUUUUUCUUUUUGAUCUGCAAGGACAUUAUGUUUGAUUUUAAAACUUUGUCAAAAUUAAUACAUAAGAAAUUUGUUUUUGUAUAUUACACAUUAAAUUAUAUUUAAAAACAAUUUAUACAGUCCAAAAUUAUAUACAAUAUGUUACACAAAAAUUUAAAAACAAACUGGUUUAAUGAAUAAUAACAAUUAACAAUUAGGUUUGCUUAGGCGACAUACCUUUACAUAAUGUAUUAUUUAUUUGAAUUUUUGGAAAAUUAUAUUAUAAUCUUUAUUUUUUAUGCAAUAAUACACGUUUGUUCUUCAACAUUUAUUUUCCAUUACAUGUGUAAUGAUCCACAUGUGUACCUGCAUGUAUUUAAAGUUUGUAUAAUAACAUUACACAUGAAUUGUAUCAACAGUAUAUUUGAACAAAAUCAAAUUUUUUUAAAUAGUGAUGUGUUUAAUGGUGUGCUCUAAAGUAUUAACUUUAUUUUUGACAAUUUAAGUAGCAUUAAAAUUGUAUACAACCAUUCUUUUUUUGGCACCCUUAUUUUUUGGGUAACUACCUAUGCUUGAUUUUAAAAUGGUAUAUUUAAAAUCUCAUAAAUAUAUGGAGUAUUAAAUAUAAAUAAUUUAUUAGUUUAAAUACAUGUUAGUAUUAAUGUUUUUAAAUUUCAUCAACCUAUCAACGAGAUAUUUUAAUUUUAAGUGUGGGUAGGGAGAGAAUAGUGGAGCACUAUUUAAUAGCCACGCACCAUGUUACCACACAAAUUAUGCUCCAUUACUCUCCUCCUAUCAAAACUUUAAAGUUUAAUAUAUAAAGUAGGUAAUCACCAUGGUUUCACCAUAAAAAAUAAGGGUGACAAGAAAUAAUAAUUUUGUAAUAUUUUAAUACUGCUAUUGUUUAUUAAAUUACAAAAAGAAAAAUUCGAAAAAUGUAAUAAUUACUGAGAUAUCGCAAUGAGUAUAUAUUAUUAAAGCUCAAGAGCACCCUAUUUCACUUGUAUACAUUUUGGAAUUCAAAAUCCGAAUUUAUAAGAUCGUGUAGAUACUUAAAAAAUCCGUGUUAUUUCAGGUUAUUUUUCAUGCAUACAGGUGAAUAACAUUAAUACACGUGAAUACGGAUAGUAAACUCAUCUGCAUUAAAUUUAAGCGAGUAACUAUUUUUUUUAUUUACGUGUUCACGUAGGUACGUGUUAAUUCAUGUUUUUGAUCGAGUAUAACCUGUUUUUACAAAAAUAUGUUUGAUAUAUGUUUUAUAUAGUUGGGCCCCCUACCCCUUGGGACAUUUCUGGCUAUGCCAUUGCGAAAAUAUGUUUAGCAGCAACAAAUUAAUAUAUAUAUAUUUAAAUAGAUUUAAAAUUUAAAUUAACAUAUACCCGAAUUAAUAAUUACACAGUUUUCGGCUAUUUAAUACACUAGUAACGGGUAUUAAAUAAUCUGGUAUCGAUAUAAAAUACACUGGUAUUAAAAAAAAAAAAAACAGAACCUAUCUAUUUAUAUUUCGUGGUACACAAUAUAUAUUUGGGAUUCAUGUACACAUGUACACUAAUAAGAGUAUACCACCAUGAUCCCUAAUAAGGAUCCAUAUAAGAGGGCUUGUAAAGUAUUUCGUUCUGAAAACUAAGUUGUUAAAGUAUACGUGUUGCGCUGAAUAUGUCAGAAAUGCGCGAAAACAUGUUGGUCAAUAAAUUACCUAUUCGGUAUUAUUGAUGGCUUAAUAAUAUCAUAACAAUCGUAUGGCCGUAUCUGUAGAACGUUGCUCUACUCUUAGGAAAAACUAUAUGUAAAAAUGUAGUUAUAUUUUUAUUGUAAAAUUAUCUAAGAAAAAAUAAUUUGUAUAUUUUAUCAGGUGAAGUGGCAUACAAAAAUUACAUAAGUUACGAAGUAUAAAAAUAAAUAGAAAGACUGUAUAAUUAGUCCGAUUCGUGUAUAUAUAUUUGUUCAGCAUUGAUUUAUCUGAUAUCAAACAAGUUGCAAUAUCUAUUAAAUCCGGCUUUGAGUUAUAACUUUCUAUGUUAAGUAGUGAAACUAACGUUCCGGGGGGUGGGGAGGGGGGUAAGCUUUCCAAGUCCCACCAAUAACCGCUCAUGUAACUAUGUUAAUGUGACAUACACUAUCAUUGGUUAGGUUAGGUCUCUGUCUAAUCGCCCGAUUGGCGUUCGAUCUUUUAUAACAUAUUUCGAAUAGUUAUCUAAUGAGAAACAGUAUAGGUACCUACGCUACACUUCAUGGUGUUUUCGUGUUUUUAGUGAACGAUUGUUUGAUAUUAUCUACAUGCAGCAAAAUGUUGUACAAUUGGUUGUUAUCUGUGGGUACUCGUACUUAGAUACCUAUAAUAUGCAAUCCCGAAUUAAGAUGAUUUUGGGCCUGGGGACAAACAAUUUUAAGGGCCCAUAAACAUAUUCAAAAUAUUGGUGACUAUACAGUACUACCAGCCAAGGCCAGGGGCCCACAAUAUUACGAUAUCCAGUGGCCUGAGGCCAUGAACCCCUCUUAAUCCGAGCCUGUUUAUAUGUCUCACGGCUUUCCUAUUGUUUAGGUUAUGCUUAAGCAUGUUAACUGCAUGCUGUGUAUACACCUAAUGCUGCAGGAAUACAGGAAUGUAGGUAUAUAGUAAUAAUAAUAUUAUAUUAUUAUAUUUCACUGCAAAUGAUUUUUUAAAAUAAAUUAAAAUUCGGCUUGAGCUAAAUCCAUGGUUAGUUUUAAAUAAAUAUCAAUUUUUUGAAUCUGUUUUAAUACUGGAAGUCCAUGUCCAAAAUCUUUGGAAACAGUAGCUAACGUAUUUAUAAAUUCUGGCUGGACCAUUUAAUUUCGAAAAGUUCUAGCCUGACUCAACGUGUCUGUAUGGUUCUUUACACAAAUUUUAUCAAAAACUUUUUGAAUUCUAAAAUGGCAAAUAGUUUUAAAAAAUUACUAAUUGAAUGAUAUUGUUUGAUCCAUCAGAUAGGCCAUUAAACAUUUCCACAAUUUCAUUAAUGAUUUUUAGAAAUAUAAAUUUCUGAGUUUUUGAUAGUUUCCGAAAGUAUUGAUUUUCGUUUCGGAAACGCAAAAAUGUCUCUAUGUUCUUAUUCUUCCCAUGUAAUGCGUAUUCGGAACGAUAUUUCCAGCAAUUGAACGUACCUAAUUAUACCUAAAUAACAAUUGAUCGAUAAUAUUAUAUUUAACGACGAACGGAUUUAAUAAUAAUGAAAGAGCUUUUAAUAAAAAUAGAUUUUUCAUCACGGUUCUCUAAAACCUGCAUCUCUGUUAUCUAACUAUAGGAACUACUUAGUAUACUAGUUGCGUUUCAAAUAUAAAUACGAUACAAGGCGUAUUCCUAUAAUCAUGUCUAGCCCCUAACUGCGUGUUAAUAUGUUUCGGCCUCUGGUGAUUAGAUAAACAUUGGCUGUAAUUUUUAGAAGUAUACCAAAAAUAAAAAUCCGGGAUGACGCAAUUCAAAAAGAAUUCUGUCACACAGGAUGCAGUCUCAAAGGUGUUUAAUUUCGCGUGUAUUUAUUAUUGAAAUAAAAAUGCUUCCCUUUAAUACUGACUUAGGUUUACAGAAAUUCCGUAAUUUUUGUUGUUGUCGCACACAAGUUAUAUAACAAAAUGGAAAAUAUUAUUCAUACACUAAUAUAAUAAUAAUAAUAAUAAUAAUAAUAAUAAUAAUUAUGUCUGAAGGCGGCAACGUUCAUUAUUAUGAAUGUGACGCGGCCGAAGUUUGCGGUAUGGGUUGAACCAUUUGAUGAUGGUAAUUGUGGUGAUAUAAGUGACUGAGAUGAUGAUUAGUGUUGGCGUUGUUGCUGCUACUGCUGCUGUUAUUGUUGUUAUUGGUAGUGCUGUUGUUGUUAUUGAUGUAAUGGUGUUGGUGGGGAUUGUGCAAGUGAGGAUGGUGAUGGUGGUGGUGGUGAUGGUGAUGUAGUGGAUAGUCUGACGGAUACAUUUCCGGGUCGGGCACCGCCGGAUAUCCGGCCACCACAGUGGCAGUGGCCGACUUGAGGACCGAAGCCGCGGCCGCCACCGAACCGAUUUUAAUCACUCCGGCGCCGGCAGCAGACGUGGUCACGUUCGGAUAACACACCGACUUGACGCCAUGCAUAUCGGACAUUUCGUAGUUUCUGCUGUCUGAACUUCCUAUGCUCAGCAAAUCGCUG